GGUGUCAUUUCUGUAGCAUGUACUUGCGUGGAGUAAGCGUUAUGUUUCUUAGUGCAUCCAUUCCUGGAGUAAUUGGGUAUUUUACUAUUUACAGGGAGGGUUGAGGUCGAAGAUGGAUGAAUGGAGACAAGCAACGCUUACCAAACCCUUGUACUGUUAGUCUUGUUAAAUAUCAAAAAUAGUUGUCAUUGACUCAAGUCUUUUAUUUUCUCCAUACACAGUCCGUGUUUGCAGUGUGUGUAUCUAGUUAACGCUGGAUAGCUAGUACAUAACGUCGAGUCUUUCCCCUCAUUCUCUAGUUAAAUUUACGGACCUAAAUUCUGUCAUAUUGGAGCAGGGCUGGGCAGCUAGCCUAGCCAUCAAUUGAAUAUGGAGCAGGAUACAGAGGAUAGUAUGGCCAUGACGGGAGGGACUGCAGCUGCCCUUCCCAUGAGCAACCACACCCGGGAGAGGGUGACCGUGGCCAAGCUGACACUGGAGAACUUCUACAGCACUCUGCUGACACAACACGAGGAGCGAGAGACCAGGCAGAAGAAGCUGGAGAAAGUGAUGGAUGAGGAAGGCUUGAUAGAUGAAGAGAAGAUCAUGCGACGCUCCCAGCACGCCAGGAAGGAGACAGAGUUCCUGCGGCUGAAGAGGACCCGGCUGGGCCUGGAUGACUUUGAGUCGCUAAAGGUCAUUGGUCGAGGCGCCUUUGGAGAGGUCCGCUUGGUGCAGAAAAAAGACACUGGGCACAUAUAUGCCAUGAAGAUCUUGAGGAAAGCUGACAUGUUGGAGAAGGAGCAGGUGGCUCAUAUUCGGGCAGAGAGGGACAUCUUGGUGGAGGCGGACGGGGCCUGGGUGGUCAAGAUGUUCUACAGUUUCCAGGAUAAGAGGAACCUCUACCUCAUCAUGGAGUUUCUACCUGGAGGUGACAUGAUGACCCUGCUGAUGAAAAAGGACACCCUGUCUGAAGAGGCUACCCAGUUCUACAUAGCUGAGACCGUCCUGGCCAUCGACUCCAUCCACCAGCUGGGUUUCAUCCACAGAGACAUCAAACCUGAUAACCUGCUUCUGGACUCCAGGGGCCAUGUAAAGCUGUCUGAUUUUGGUCUGUGUACGGGACUGAAGAAGGCCCACCGUACAGAGUUCUACAGGAACCUCACACACAACCCUCCCAGUGACUUCUCCUUCCAAAACAUGAACUCAAAGAGAAAAGCAGAGACGUGGAAGAAGAACCGGAGGCAACUGGCCUACUCCACAGUGGGAACACCGGACUAUAUUGCCCCAGAGGUGUUCCUGCAGACGGGAUACAACAAGCUCUGUGACUGGUGGUCUCUGGGGGUCAUCAUGUAUGAGAUGCUGAUAGGGUACCCCCCGUUCUGUUCUGAAACACCCCAGGAGACGUAUAGGAAGGUGAUGAACUGGAAGGAGACCUUGGUCUUCCCCCCUGAGGUGCCCAUCUCAGAGCGGGCCAAGGACUUGAUUCUCAGGUACUGUAAUGACGCUGAGAACCGUGUUGGUGCUGUGAGUGUUGAGGAGAUGAAGAGUCACGCCUUCUUUGAGCCUGUGGACUGGGAACACAUCAGGGAAAGACCAGCUGCCAUCUCCAUUGAGAUCAAGAGCAUCGAUGACACAUCGAACUUUGAUGAGUUCCCAGAAUCGGACAUCCUUCAGCCAGUUUCCAACGUGACGGAGCCAGACAAAUCCAAGGACUGGGUGUUCUUGAACUACACCUACAAGAGGUUUGAGGGGCUGACUCAGCGAGGCACCAUCCCCACAUACAUGAAGGCAGGGAAGGCCUGAGAUGAGGAGGGCAUGAGGGAAAAGGGAGAGACAAUGUAGACACAGGGUUGGGCGGUAAACCCCUGCUGUGCUGAAAGCACAGGAUCAAGAAUGAUGAUGAGGAGGUUCUUUGCUUCAUGCUUCACCAGGGUUUUCCUGCUUGGCCACAGAUCCAUUGGGGCACCAAUGGCAAGAGGAACAUAUACAUGUAUCGUAUUUUGUCUUAGGCCUUGCUUGGGCUGUUAAAGGGGAAGUUUGUGUUUUACAACUUGAUGUUAGAUGGUUCCUUAACCUGAAAAAACUGAACUUCCCCUUUUGAAGUGACUACUACUGGGUGACUAAAUCAACGGGCGUGUUCUUCUGCCCAGGCGUCUUUGAAGUAUGCCCGAUCUUACAACACCUGGAUAGGUAUUUUACCUAUCGGCUAACCACAUCAUGUUAUAGCAAUCUGGUGCCCGACGGCAUAGUCGAUGACGAGGUACGCAACCAUUUGUUGAUGGAACGUCUGAGCAGGGGAACGCGACCAUCAUAUCUGCAUGUUUACACACUGAUUUGCAGGGUCUAAAACACUGGAGAAGGACUGCCCCACACACAGGGUAUUCGUUGGGGGUUAUCCUAGUGACCUCGUGUAUGACUGCAGAAAAAUGCAUGUAGUUAAUGUUAAGUAAACAUUGUUUGCUAAACUUGUAGGUAUAAAAAGUUCUAACGUU